AUGGCUCACCAGAACGUGUGGUACUCGCACCCUCGUAACUACGGUAAAGGCUCGCGUCGCUGCCGCGUUUGUGGCAACCAGGGCGGUAUUAUCCGCAAGUACGGUAUGGACAUCUGCCGUCAGUGCUUCCGUGAGAAGGCUGCUGACAUCGGCUUCACCAAGUUCCGUUAA